UCAGGCUGGAGUCAAGUCUAGCGAACAGGUGCCCGUGGCUACAGGCAGGCGUUAUGGAUACAUCCAAACAUCGUAUAUAAUAUAUACUAGCGGCCAUAUAUCAGCAUACAGACGUAGUGUGUCCGUCAUGCUUCGUGAUUUUUCCUUUUCCUUGUGUGUGAACUACCCCAGCCUGCCUGAAGCCGGUGUCUAGCGAGUAAUCUUUAUGCGGCUAGAGUACUGACUGUGUAUAUUAUGGAGAAGUGAUUGUGUGUAACGUCCCUGAGUCUCAGCCAACUACGCUCUAACUAGCCAACUAUAUAUAAACACACCAUACUACUAGUGAGGAGUGAACUCUGCGUUAUAUCCAUUAGUACACGCCCUCCAGGGGAAAUACGUCAUUGCCACACGGUGCCUACCCACGACUCACAACACUCUUAUUCACGUGGGUCGGCUACCCAAUCAGGGCAGGGGCAAACGCGCGUGACGCAGAUAUACAGCCAGCCUUAUAUGGAAAUCUAGUUGUCCGACCCCCACCCUACAGAGAAGAAACGGGGGACGGGAUACGAAUACACCUACACGAAAAAAUAUACGAACCCCAGGGAUAAAGUGAAGAAGGAGCUAUCGAUAUUUGGAAAUAUAGGGGUGACCAUGACGACGGCACAGCCAUCGAACUCUUCGGAGUGGCAGCUAUAUCGUGUCUUACAGAGGGCAAACCUGCUACAGUAUUAUGAAAUUUUUAUAGCCCAAGGCGGAGAUGAUGUACAGCAAUUAUGUGAAGCAGGAGAAGAAGAAUUCCUGGAAAUAAUGGCACUUGUUGGCAUGGCGAGUAAACCAUUACAUGUACGCAGAUUACAGAAAUCAUUACAAGAAUGGGUGACUAAUCCAGGUAGUUUCCAGAACACAACUUCCACCAACCAGCCACCUGCUGCUGGUAGCAUUACAGCCGUCAUGAGGGACCAAGCCAUGAAUUACCAAUUACAUUCCACGACACCCAACUCGGUAGUCAACGCCCCUACUUGGAACCCCACACCCCGUAGUAUAAGUCCAGCUAGUCAAGGGAAUGCUGUCAGCCCCUCCUCGUCAUCCCCACAAACGGAUCAAAAAGAUUCUAUUUUAUCGUCACAUCUCCCUCCAUUACCCAAUCUCUCCUCCCUGUCACCCAUGAUGACUCCAGUUCUCGUAGAAAGUCAAAUCAACGCUAUCGCUGAUGCUGCCGCCAAAUUUGCCAAGGAAAUGACAAAUUAUGAACCAAAAGAUUUAAAUUUGAAGAAACAAAUUAAUAGAGAAAUACAGGCAGUGAUGUUGUUACCGGAAGAUGAUCCGAAUCGAAUGGAGGAACUACGUAAAUAUGCUGCCAUAUAUGGUAGAUUUGAUUCCAAGCGUAAAAACGAUAGACCAAUGUCUCUACACGAAAUGUCUGUAAAUGAAGCCUCUGCUCAGCUGUGUCGGUAUAUGCCAUCGUUGUUGACAAGGAGAGAAGAUUUAUUCCCCUUGGCGCGACAAGUUGUACGAAACAGUGGCUAUCAGUAUUCCAAAGGUCAUUCCAGGUUGAAAUCUUACGAGAAUGGAUUCAAUGAAGCCACCACAAAAAUGGGAGCCGAUAUAAAGAAGUUAAAACCCGACAGUAUGUCCCCGAAACAAUCAGAAUACGAUAGAUUACAGAGAGAGGAGAGACUGACCGCCAUUAAUACAGAAUUUCUCAAACUGAAAAGUCAAGUGAAUAAAGUUGAGAGAGAAAUUGAGGAAACACAGGAAUCAGGAGACGUAGACAGACUACAGAAAUUAAAAGCCGAGAUGGAUUCGUGUAAAACGCAACAAAUGUACUUGAUGAAAGAACAGAGUGAAAUAAUACGCAGACAGAAAAGAUAUUUAAUGAAAAGAAACGGUGAAUUAGGUUAUGAUGGUGAAGAUUAUUCCUCCAGUCGGUCUCCUAAUAAUUCUAACGACAGUUUUAGUUCGUACUACACGGCCAUCGCUGACAGUACACAAGCUACAGGACGAUUUUUACAAGAUACGCUUUUUGACGAAGGAUUACGCAUUGCUCAACAGUAUGGAAUGUCUGGUUUCGCAGAGGAAUUAAAAGAGCUGCAGUCAUCGAAACCAGCUUCUAGCAUUGAUGGAGAGAACUCCGGCAGUAGUGACGAUAAUUCGGAUAGCGGGAUGGAAGACGGACAGAAUAAGAAACGGAAAUUAGAAGUUGAAGAGGAAGAGGUCAAUAAUAUAAAGCAUAGUAAAUCAGGCAAUGGUGCAUUUGACGUUCCGAAACAAAAUGGUGAACAUUUGAUAGUGUGUAAUACAAACUCAGUGAAGGUUGAAAACGGUGAUUUAACGAUUUAACGAAUUGCCUGACCUCUUGUCUCAAUAUUACGUAAAUUACGUGUUAAAUGUUUUUGUUUUUCUCUCUUGUAAAUGAACAUCCUACAUCGUCGCGUGCUCAUUUCUAUUCAUCUAUAUCGUCAUGUAUUGUCACCAUGGUAACUAGAUCAAGAUGGUGGAUAUUUUGAUGGUCGUUCUUCCAAUAAUUGUCAUAUAUAUAUAUAUUAUAUUUAUCAAUCAACCAAUCAAAUCAGUUGAUAUAAUCACAACUCUAUCUAUAUCACGAUUAUGUCACGAUUUUCCUUGUAUUCAACUUUGAAUUUUUUUUUUUAAAUUUAGUAACUUUUUGUCAGGUUGAUGGAAAAACAAAAAUGAACCUUAAUCUUCACUUUACUCAUUCACGCUGUUUGGUGAGUAUUUGGUAUAACUUCCAAAUGGCAACCAGCGAACUACAAACUGCAUGUCGUUCAGUUUGUUUAUUCUGUUACUGCGACACCAUUGUUAAUGUCGCGAAUUACGGACGACCAAAACAAAAAGGAUUAUGAAUCUAAUAAUUUUUUCACAGCAGUUUGUGGUUUGGAAAUUUGAUCAAACGCCAGAUUGUACAUGUACUCUGUAGGACUGGUCGUACUGUAGGCGUGUGAAGAUCAUCCAGUCCAUCGUACUGUAGACGUGUCAAGUCCAUUGUACUUAAGACGUGUGAUGAUCGUCCAGUCCAUCGUGAACACAUGUAUCAUGUUCCCUGUAGGAUUGGUCGUACUGUAGACGUGUGAAGAUCAUCCAGUCCACUGUAUUUUAGACAUGUGAUGAUCAUCCAGUCCAUCGUGAACACAUGGGGCAUGUACGUGUAAUGUAGAUUGUAAACGAGUACGACACGGACCAGGAACCAAGCAUCACGCCAUUGCCACCAUCUUGACGUUAUAUCAAAAAUCGCGUCAAUCAAUGCGCAAGGGUCCAAGGAACAGGUGUACAAAGUUUCAUGUCGAUCGUACUUCAAUUGGUGGGACGUUAGGCUAUUUUUCAUGAGUAGCGGUUGGGGCAUUAAUUUAACACAUAAACACAUGGAUCGCCAGAAACUGCUUCAUCUACAGCAUCAAAUCGCUCUGUCAAGUGAAUAACUGUGUGUUACAACACUGUAACCCGGGUAUCAUUUAAUCUUAUGUAUUCAGCAUUAAUUUCUUUCACAUUUGUUUAAUAUCAAAUCUUUGUUUGAAAAUUUGUAAGAAUCACUUAAUAUCAUCUGAUUUGUACUUGUGUCCUGUUCUGUGACUUGGCGCUUUGAGACAUUGUCUAGGGUGAAGUCACACUGAUCAGCAGUGAAUUUUCACUAGGCCGCUACAAUCACUGAUCAGGAUGACAUCGAUGUGACUUAAUAAGUCCCAAAUAUUAACUUUUUUCCUUAGACAAAUAUAAUUCUAAAACAUUUUUUUUUUAUGUAUUAGAAAAAUAAAGACAGACGUUUGAAUUAUUUGUAGGUAAAAAUUAUUUCCUAUUGAGAGUAAAUGGGUAUUAAAAUAAGUAUAAUUCACCAUUUAGCCUGAAUCAGUAACGUCUUAUGUAAACAAUGCAUGCGCUAAUGAUUGACGCCGCGUGAUGUGACGUCACAUGUCGAAACAGUCAUCUGUUACAAAGAUAUUAGAAGAUUGGGGUGAAGUAGUUUUGGGCGAUUUCGUGAAAUGGGCUACAAGGAGCUGGAGUACUCUAUAUCUACUUGUACCAAAUACGAAAGGGUUAAAAAUGUUGUACGACUUUCUUCACAUAACUUGAACAAGCCUGGAUAUAAAGUACCUGUCACAGAUUAUUAUAUUAUAACAUAUACCUUAUAUGAUGACCGGGGGUUGGGUGGCUGAAUGGUUAGCAUGUGCGCCCGGUACCAUAAAGUCUGUCAUUGAGUCAACUGACGUGGUUUCGAAUCCCUGGUUGUACGUGGCAAGGAGUAGGGUCGUCUGUCCAACCUCGUGGGUUUUCUCCGGGUCCUCCGGUUUCCUCCCACUGUUAAAGAGGCCUAUGCGCAAGAGAAUUAUUGAAAUAAAAUUAAACCAUGUGUUAGUCCCGAAAUGACCUAGUUUGUGUCGAGUGGACGUUAAACCCCAUUUCUCUCUUUAUAUGAUGAUUUCUGCCUGACAAAGUCGAUGUUGUUCUUGGCUGGCACUGAGAGUGAUAUCGCAGACAAAUUGUCAUAUUUUCAUUAUGAUUAUCAUAAUGCACGCUCACACCAGGGAUCGAAACUAUGACCGCAAGCCAAAGAUGACCGGUCAACUAGAGCUUGAAGUGUGACACUCUACGCCAUGGCAAUACCCCGCCUAACAGGUGCCCUAUGUCCAGGCUUGAACUUGAAGCUGUUUUUAUACGCCCACAUUGAAAUGUGGUUGUAUAUUGUCGUCGCCCCCGUCCGUCCGUCCGUCCGUCCUGCGUCCACAAUUGCUUGUGGACGCUCUAGAGGCUAAAGUUAAUGUCCGAUUGACUUUAAAUUUAUAUACAGUGUUUCAGGCCAUGAGACGAAGAAGCCUAUUGAUUUUCAGCGAUUUCCGAUCAUUACUGCCAGAGUUAUGGCCCUUGAUCACUUCAAAAAAUCUUGUGGACGCUCUAGAGGCUAAAGUUAAUAUCCGAUUGACUUUAAAUUUAUACACAGUGUUUAAGGUCUUGAGACGAACAAGUAUAUUAAUUUUCAAUGAAUCUUUAUGACUUGAACAGCUAAAUCCAUGAUGUUAAAAGUUUCGUAUGCUUUUCUAAUGGUUUUCUGAUAAUUACUCAAUGAGUUGUUACUCUUAAUCAGAUUUUAAUGUAUUAUAAAUGUUUCAUUACCGAAAAAAGUAAAAACAUGCGACAACUCUUGUUGACUGCCCGGACGAUAUAGCUGCUGUGGGCAUAUGUUUCGUUGCCUGGCAACCUAUCUUUGUUUUUAUUAUUCUCCGACAGUGAGAGAAAUUUUAAAAUGUCUUAUGUAGGUAUAUUUUAUUGACGACUGCUGUGGAUGUAAAUGAUUAGUUACGAUGUUACUAAAAGGAGAUGUUUUAUUUAAUAAUAUGUUGAUGGUAUUAUCCUGAUUGUCAUGUGAUUGUCAUGUGAUCGUCAUGUGAUUGUCAUGUGAUCCGUUGUUUAAUCAUCAGUGUGAUUUGUGUAAAUACAAGGAAAACAUUAUAUUUACAUAAUUUAAAAAAAAAAAUAUGGGUGUAAUCGGUUGAUGCCAACAUCAGUUUUAUAGUGACGUCGUAGUGUAUUUAUUACCGCUCGACUCAUUUUAUUAUCACAUGAAUAUUUCUUCGGCUUUAUUCUCUUAAAUUUUAAAAGUUUCUAUUAUUAAAUGAAAUUGUUUGAGAUUAUAUAUCAAGGCCCUGUUAAUUGCCAGUUUUUAAAUUUCUUAUUCAGUUUUGCUGCCUUCUUUUGCGUUAUUUUUUUAAUUUAUUUAUAGAAAACACUUUAUUUAUCUGUAAGAAAUUAUGUAGCCAGUUAUUUUUAUUUAUUUUUUUUUUUCAUGUGUAGUUGGACAAACAGAAACAGUAGAUUAUAUAAAUAUAUAUAUUAACUUAUAAACAAACAAACGUACAUCAAAUCGUGGAAAAUUUUGUCUCAAACGUUUUUAAAACUUUGUAUUAUUAUGGUCGUGUAGUAGCUACAUGUAUGUACUGUUUAUAUUUCUAGUAAUAAUUUUAUUGUACAGACACCCCCCCAUUUCCCCCUCCCCUCCCCCCACAAUCCCCUUUCUUUCAUCCCCUAUUUCAUCCCAGCCACGGCUCAGUUAUAUUUACUAUUCAGACCUGACCGUUAUUGAAGGUGACUGAGAAAAUUAUCUUAACUUUCAGACAUGAAAUUGGAUUGUUUUUAAAUCGAAUUAACAGUUCAAUGACAUAAAGUUAUUGGAUAAUUGUGGGCCUGGGGCCCGUUUCACGAAAUUUUAACUAAGAUAAAAUCCAAAUUUUAGUAGAUUGAUUGGAUAAUAUUAGAUUGAUUUUAGCGCUUAGCCAAUCAAAAUUUAAGUAUCUACUAAAAUUGGAUUUUAUUUUUAGUUAAGAUUUCGAGAAACGGGGUUCAUUUAUAUGUGUAGAUCUAUAAGUGGGUUUUUUUUUUCAUUUUUUUGUUAGUUUGGUAAAAAAACUUCAAAUUUGGUUUAAAACUUUCAAAUAUUUAUAAAACAACGAAAAUGUGGCUUAAUUUUCAGUUGUUAAAAUUUGAUUGAUUAAUUAAAUAUCUGACGUCAUAGGGUCAAAACCGCUUGUAUGACCCCUGACUCGGCCUUCCACUACAACCGGUCAGAUCUUCAUGUAGUGUAGGCCAUCAAAAGUAUAAAAAAACAAAACGAAAUAUAGAUCUGUAUUAUAAUCAGACUGUAUACCUGACUUCAUGUCGCUUGUCUCAAGUUCUAAAUAUAGAAUGUUUUAAAAAUGGUGCAACAUUUUAAGUUCUAUAUCUUUUUUUUUUCAAUGUUAUUAACAGAAUUAAAAAGAAAAAACCUAGUCAUUUGUAAUUAUAAUAAUAUAUUAAAAUAGUUGUCGUGAUGAUAUCUUCACUUGGUUGUUAGCAUCAAUUAUAUUUUAGUAAAAUUCCGUCUCUACAUGGGUACCAUGUAAAAGUAUUUGAUAAAUAUAAUUAUUUAUUUUAUGAUCAGUAGUGGAAUACCGCGUUUUAUCAGUGAAAUAAAAGUGUUAUUCCACUGGCUAGAAGCGGACAAAGUAGUCCAUGUUGCUUUUACCUAAAAUGAUUGUAAAAUCAUAAAAUAAAUAGAACAUUUGUCGUUUUGUCGUGAAUAACAUAUCUUAUUUCAUCUCUAAGCAAGAAAACGUUUAUAUUUUCACUCAUGCUACGCAUUCGUGAAAAUAUAAGUUUUCUUGCUUCUCGAUGAAAUAAAAUAUGUUAUUCACUCUAAAACGACAAAUAUCCUCUAUAAAUUCUAAGGUAUAACUGGCUUAAAUAUGGUUAUAAAUUCCAAGCUAUAACCGGCUUAAAUAUGAUCUGCUACAACCGGCUUAAAUAUGUUUAUAAGUUCUUAUCUAAAACUGGCUUAAAUAUAUUUACAAGUUCUUAGCUAAAUCUGGCUUAACUAUAUUUACAAGUUCUUAGCUAAAAGUUUAUUGGUUAAGAUUUCAUUCCCUCACUGAGGAAAGUAACAAACCAAAUAAACCUAAUUUCAACCCUUUAUGGUCCCAUUUGGGCUUUAAACCUCCUUUCAUUGGAUUUGGGCUUUAUUUGGGCCUAAAUCAAAGAGGUUCAGUUUGUUUUAUAUCUGUCUUUGUAACUUGAAAGCAUGCAAAUAUAUCUGCUUUGACCUUUGUCUUUUGACCUUUGACCUAUUGCACCUAUAUGUAAGUGUGUCAGUGACACCUCCCUACCCCACCCCCACUAUGUGACCUAUAAAUAAUUAAAUGAAUUUAUAUUGCAUAAUGACCAGCCAGUAAAUAUAUAUCAUAUUGUAUAUGUAUAAAAUAAUUUAUAAAAUAAAUUUAUUCAAACUU